GCCCCUGAGCCGAGCUAUCGAGUAUCGGCUAUGGGCUCAUUCCAAACUUCCAUUUCAGCGCGCAGUUGUACGGGGUGGGAUGGGGGUUCAAUGCCCGGACUGUGCGGGGAGGCGCCGGUGACAAGGCGAGAGAGCGGGGGCAGGGCGGGGGCGAGAUGUUGCACAUGAUUUCGCGAAAUUGCCAUCACGAUAGUAUGCACCGUUGAUACCACAAAACUCAGCGCUACUGAUGCAUCGAGAUAAAGCAAACGGCGCCGAGCUCUUCAUAUGCAAGCCAAUUACAGAAGCUGUCAACCACAGCUCUUACGAAGUAACUGGACCUUGGAGCUCAGCGAAGCCCGCCUGGUCUGAGACCGGCGAUGGCCGACUGGUCCACAACGCUGGACAGCCUUGAUGGCUUGUCGGAGGAGGAGAAGGGCAAGGCGCGCUUCAUCUUAUCGACACAACCUGAGAAACAUGCCCGGCUGAUCGUCUCCGGGCCACCAGGCGUGGCUGCCGCGACCAUUAAGACGAUGCUUCGCCGAGACGAGGAGGCGCGAGCCGUUGCCGCGGCCGUGACUUCCCGGGUGGCGAACACCUCUGGUGGCGAACCCAUCGACCCGACCACCGCCUACUUGAGGGCCUGCUUGAGCCCGCCCUUCCCCGGUACCACGCUGCUGGGCAGAGACGUCGAGGUGCUUCGGCGCUGCCUUCGGUGUCCGAUCAGGCCGGGCCUACCACUGCCCCUGGAGGCGGCCCGGCGGCUGCAGGCGUCGCACCCAUGGCUCCGGGAUACCCUGGCGCCCUGCGACACGCAGGCCGAAACUGCCCCAAGCUCCCUGUCAUGGCAUCUGCAGAGUGUACUGAUGGAGGACGUGACGGGGCCAGUGGUGGGCUGCAGCUCGAAGAUGUACGCCGCUUUCACGUCCCACAGGCUGCUGGAGCGCACAUGGUGGCUUCUGGCCAAGCACACGAAGGUGGUCUGGCUUACGAUGGACCGCAACGUGGUCGACCCUACCGAGGCGACAGUGGGGCAGCUUCGGCCAGACUUCUUGUGCUGGGUGAACGGCGCCUUGCUGCUGAAAGGGGAGGAGAAGGCCACAGACGCCGGGCUGAAGGACGCCGUGGCGGAGCUGCAGGACAAGAUGUCCCGGGCGUGGGUCGACGGCACUGUCCAGCAGCGACAGGGCGGCGCCGACGACGUGCCGAGCCCCUGCAUGCUGGCUUAUGCCGCUGCCGGCUCCAAGCUGCAGUUCAUUGCCUUGGUACCGGAGCAGGCAACGACCGCGGGUGGCGGCGUGCGGGCGGAGCCCAUCAGCCAGGUGCUGGACACGCGCCAGUUCGAAGACCGGCUGACCGCAGUGAUUGCCGCCUUCAACAUCUGGCGCUUGCUGGUGGGAUACGCCGCGAUGGACGCGCCUGCACCGGCCCUGCCGGUGGGCCAGACCCUCAAAUUCGACGGGAGCAAAGUCACCAUGUUGCCUGGUCUACCGGGCUUCGUGCGCAAGGUCAUCCCCAACUUCAAGGACAGCCACGAGGAGUACACCACCUUCCAAGUGCUGCAUGACCUGUACGGCGCAAUAUCCAAGCCGCUGCACAGGUCCGCCGUCGUGCAGGCCGUCGAUGGCACCCCGCGCAUGCAGGCGGACGGCUCCUACCUGGUGCACCUGACACCGCCCGGCGUGCCGUGCGUGGAGCCGCCCGGGAGCGAGGACGAGCUCCGGGGCGUGGUGGCGUGCGUGCUCCGCGGGCUGGCGGCGCUGCACGCGGAAGGCUUCGUGCACCGCGACGUGCGGUGGCGCAACAUCAUCUACCUGCCGGCGGAGGGGCGCUGGUUGCUCAUCGACCUUGAGCACGCCGGCCGCGUGGACUGCGACUGCCGCCGGCCGCCCUUUCCGCUGCAGCACUGGAGCGACCGCAUUCUGGAAGGCGACGGCACCUACAGCCCCGCCUCCGACCUGCGGAUGGUGGCGGAGCAGCUGAUGGCGUCGCAGGAGGAUGGGGAUGGGCGGGCGGGUGCGCUGUUGGUGCGGCGGCCGCCCUUCACCCUCAGCGCAGCCGGCCAGGACCUGCGCCGCCAGCUCCUGCAGGCGGACAGCAGCAGCCGCGAGCAGUUGGCGGCGGCCCUGCUCGCGCACCCGUGGCUGCAGUCGCCUGCUGGUGCUGGUGCUGCGGGAGGCGCGGGGGGAAGCGCCGGAUCGCCGUCGUAGUGCGUGCGGCGGGGUUGGAGGCAGGCGGCGUGCCUGGGUGGACGGCGGCAGCGGCGGCGGCGGCCACAGCUGCCUGUGGUCCGUCAGGAGCCCUGCUACCACCUGCCUACCCCUGCGUGCGGCUGGAUGGCGGCGUGCUGCGCACACGCCACCCCUACGACCGGGGCCGUGGAGACAAGCAGCAGCAGCGAUGGAUGCGUAGAGGGCCCUGCCCGUGGCGCAGUCGUGUCAUGUUUUGUGCGGCGGGUAUGAGGGUGGGUUGGGGGGUAGUUCAACCAAGAACACAAACCCACGCGCCAUGGGGACAUGGAGCAGCGCCGGAAGUGCAUCGGGGGUCCGGAGGUGUGGGAGUAGGCUAGAAACUAGUUGUGCCUCAAUUGACUGUGACGAGAGGGAAGCGACCCGGAAGCAGCCUAGAUAGUUCGUCCCUGCCGUUCAAGUGCGUUGUCCAUGGAGCACGCCGCUGUGCCCUGGGCCGCAGCGGAACGUGAUGCCUGAGGACCGGGUCACUUCUUGGGGGCUCGGCCAGGGGGGGGGGGGGGGGGGGGUUAGAGAAGACCGAAACAGACACCAUGCUUCAACUUUAGUGAGCUUGACGAGACAAGAGAAGGUGGCUCUCCCUUGCAAGGGAAAAGUGGGCUGUGCCGCCACGCCACGUCCUCCGUCUGAGGCCGAAGGUUCCGAUACUAGCCUCAUCUCCCGGACAUAGCCGGGGUCGGUUUGUACAGGCACCGCCCGCCAUAUGUGCCCAGUCGCG